AUGACGGGCCGUGGCGGAGGAGGAGGACCUACUUCAUCUGGUACAAAACGAUUACGGUGGGCAACCCAGCGGGUUCCUGGGCCGGAUGCAGGACGAAAACGGGAUACGAUUAUGAGAGCACUAUCGAUGAAGAAAUACCCAGAGAAGGGUGAAGCAGAUCUCGAAGGCACAGGCCAGAACUUUGGUGGAAUGGGGCCUGGGCCAGAGGAUGAGGACGAGGAGGACACCCAGAGGCGAAUAUUCGUAAAUAUGCCUCUACCGCCAGAAUGUAUCGACGAGGACGGUUCGCCAAAGCAAUGGUUUUCUCGAAAUAAGAUACGAACGGCAAAAUAUACGCCACUUAUAUUCGUACCCAAAAAUCUGUGGCUGCAGUUUCACAACGUUGCGAAUGUUUAUUUCUUGUUUGUUACUAUACUUGCUAUUUUCCCCAUUUUCGGUGCCUCAAAUCCAGCUUUAGGAUCGGUGCCUUUGAUUGUUAUCUUGUUGAUCACUGCUACUAAGGACGCAAUCGAAGAUUACCGAAGAACGGUGCUUGAUAAUGAGCUUAACAAUACUCCUAUCCAUAUCCUGGUCGAUUGGCACAACCCCAAUGUUACUGAUGAAAACAUCUCGCUAUGGCGUCGGAUCAAGAAGGCAACAUCUAGAAACAUUCGUGAAGGAGUUGCGUGGUACAAGGCACAGAAGCAGGACUACAAGAUCAAAAAGAAGGGUGGUGUUCCGGAGAAUCGAUUGGAGCGAUCCACGACAAGGUCGUCUGUUUACUCUGUCAUGAGCGAACAUUCGGAAUCCAUUCAAAUGACCCCCGUUGGAUCGCCAUCAGCCGACAAGCAGAGGUUUUCUUUCACUGAUGACACGGAACAAGCUCCCCGCUCAACACAUUUGGAGGUACCUAAUCCCAAAAGGCAAAGCAUCAACAAACCCCCAUCUCGCUUUUACGGUAACGUUAUCGACCCUCAUAAAACAACACCGGGCAAGGCAAAAUUCAAAAAAGACUUUUGGAAGAAUGUUAGGGUUGGAGAUUUCAUCCGAGUUUACAACGACGAGGAAAUUCCCGCGGAUGUCGUCAUUCUUUCGACCGCUGACAGUGAUGGGGCUUGUUAUGUUGAGACGAAGAAUUUGGACGGUGAAACGAACUUGAAGGUCCGACAUGCGCUUCAUGCUGGCAGACGGGUUCGCCAUGCCAAAGACUGCGAGGCUGCAACUUUUACUCUCGAAAGCGAGAACCCUCAUGCAAAUCUGUAUUCAUACAGCGGAGUAGUAAAGUGGCAGCAAAAGGAUCCCACCAAGCCGGAAGAUGAGGGUGAGGAAAUGGCGGAACCAGUAUCAAUCAACAAUCUCUUGUUGAGAGGUUGUACCCUUAGGAAUACCCAGUGGGUUAUUGGGCUUGUGGCUUUUACCGGUGAUGAGACAAAGAUUAUGAUGAAUGCGGGAAUUACUCCAUCAAAGCGGAGUCGGAUUACAAGGGAAUUGAACUGGAAUGUUAUCAUGAAUUUCUGCCUCCUCUUGGUGAUGUGCUUGGUUUCUGGUAUUGUACAAGGUGUCACCUGGUCAAAAGGCAACGAAUCACUCAACUAUUUCGAAUUCGGGUCGAUUGGUGGCUCCCCACCAGUUGAUGGUCUCGUUACAUUCUGGACAGCGGUCAUUUUAUUCCAGAACUUGGUGCCCAUCUCACUUUAUAUCAGUAUUGAGAUUAUCAAAUUGGCACAGGCUUUCUUUAUAUUCAGCGACGUCCAUAUGUACUAUGAAAAGAUCGACUACCCUUGCACACCUAAGUCUUGGAAUAUUUCGGAUGAUCUUGGACAGAUUGAAUACAUCUUUUCUGACAAGACUGGAACAUUGACUCAAAAUGUUAUGGAAUUCAAAAAGUGUACUGUCAACGGCUUCGCUUAUGGCGAGGCUUACACCGAGGCACAGGCAGGAAUGCAAAAGAGACAAGGAAUUGAUAUCGAAGUUGAAGGUGCAAAAGCUAGGGAACAAAUCGCAAGGGACCGUGUGGAAAUGAUUUCCGAAUUGCGACGAAUUAACGACAACCCAUACCUGGAUGAUGAAGCCCUUACCUUUGUUGCGCCUGACUUCAUUCACGACAUUUGUGGAGUUUCUGGCGAAGAGCAGGCCAAGGCCAAUGCCCAUUUCAUGCUUGUUCUCGCGCUUUGCCAUACAGUUUUACCAGACAAGUCUUCCGAUGACCCUUCGAAAAUUGAAUUUAAGGCACAGUCUCCCGAUGAAGCUGCGCUGGUGGCCACCGCCCGUGACUGUGGAUUUGCGUUGGUUGAAAGGACGGGGAGUGGCGUAGUUGUAAACGUCCAAGGAGAAAACAAGGAGUACCAGGUUCUCAACACUCUGGAAUUCAACUCUGCAAGAAAGAGAAUGAGCGCUAUCAUUCGUAUGCCUGAUACUGGAAAGAUCUUCUUAUUUUGCAAGGGAGCCGACAGCAUUAUCUACUCAAGAUUACGAGCAGGGGAACAGCAGGAACUUAGAAGGUCUACCGCCGAACACUUGGAAAUGUUUGCCCGUGAAGGUCUCCGGACACUUUGCAUUGCCCAAAGAGAGCUUUCAGAGGAUGAAUACAAGGACUGGAGCAGGAAAUAUGAUAUUGCCGCGGCAGCUGUCCAUGGCCGUGAGGAAAAGAUGGAGGAGGUAUCCGACGCUAUCGAGAGAGACCUAUUUCUUCUUGGAGGGACUGCUAUUGAGGAUCGUCUUCAGGAUGGUGUCCCGGAAACAAUUGCUGUUCUUGCAGAGGCCGGUAUCAAGCUCUGGGUUUUGACCGGUGACAAGGUAGAGACGGCAAUCAACAUUGGCUUCUCCUGCAACCUUCUGGAUAACGACAUGGAUCUUAUCAUGUUCAAGCCUGAUGAAGCGGACAAUAUCGAAGAGGCCGGAAAACUCCUGGACAAGUACUUGAUGGACAACUUCGGUUUGACUGGAUCUGAGGAAGAACUCAAUCGCGCAAGAAAGGACCACAACCCACCGGCGCCCACCCACGCUCUUGUUAUUGACGGUGAUGCAUUGAAGAUUGUUCUUGAGGAGGAGCUGAAGAUGAAAUUCCUGUUACUUUGCAAACAGUGCAAGGCUGUUCUUUGCUGUCGUGUCAGUCCAAGUCAGAAAGCUGCAGUGUGCCAAAUGGUGAAGAAAGGACUGGAUGUUAUGACUUUGUCUAUUGGUGAUGGUGCAAAUGAUGUAGCCAUGAUUCAAGAGGCUGAUGUCGGUGUCGGUAUCGCCGGUGUGGAAGGACGACAGGCUGUCAUGUGUUCUGAUUAUGCCAUUGGACAAUUUCGCUACCUUAGCAGGCUUGUACUCGUUCACGGUCGUUGGUCUUACCGCAGGGUGGGAGAAAUGACUGCCAACUUCUUUUAUAAGAACAUUGUGUGGACAUUCGCGUUGUUCUGGUAUCAGCUCUACAACAGCUUUGAUGGAUCUUAUCUCUUCGAGUACACUUACAUUCUUCUUUAUAAUCUUGCUUUCACCUCUGUACCGGUCGUCCUUAUGGGCAUCCUGGACCAAGAUGUCGACGAUAAAGUCUCUUUGGCUGUCCCCCAAUUGUACCGCCGUGGUAUCUUGCGACAAGAAUGGACACAACUGAAAUUCUGGGUUUACAUGAUCGAUGGUAUCUACCAAUCGGUAAUUUGUUUCUUCAUGACGUACCUACUGUUCCACACUGGUGGCUUCGCUAGUGAAUCAGGCCGUGAUCUUAACAGUAGAGAGCUCAUGGGUGUUUAUGUUGGUUGUUCUGCUAUCGUUGUUGUGAACAGCUACGUCAUGAUGAACCAGUUUCGAUGGGAUUGGGUUUUCGCCCUUGUUACAGUUAUCAGUAUUUUGAUGAUCUUUCUUUGGACUGGUGUCUACUCGGCUUUCACAGAAAGUGGUGCAUUUUAUAAGUCCGCGGAGCACGUCUACGGAGCAUUAUCUUUCUGGGCCACAACAUUCCUUACAGUUAUUGUCUGCCUCAUUCCCCGCUUCUCGGCAAAGGUUAUCCAAAAGCUAUACUUCCCUCGCGAUAUCGAUAUUAUCCGCGAACAAGUCCGUCAAGGAAAAUUUCAGCACCUCUAUCACAAUGCCGGAACUGGUUCGAAAUCUGCGGUAUCUUCAGCAGCCUCAUCGGAACUCAUUAUGAAGCCCGAUCCUAAUCAACAAAUUUAUGUUCAAGAUGAUGACAGAAGACCGAUAUACCCUCCUAGUGUUGCACCAACCGCUACAACAACAGGCAAGCGCGCUAGCGGGAAUGGCAGCAACGGAUCGGAUGGAUCCGGGUAUACUGGGAACGGAACAUUCACCCCUCACAGAUAUUCAAUGGAUACCGGGCGCCCAAGGCCCAGUAUGGACCGCGCACGACCAAGCAUGGACCGGGUUAGGAUGUCGCUCGAUCUCCAUCGACCAACAAGAGCAAGUUUUGAGGUUACAAGUGACUUCACAUCAGCAGCUAUGUUGGCGAGACUGGAGUCUUCUCAAUCCGGUAUUCAGAUAAGAAGGCAGUCGAUGUUAGGGGAUGAAAUCCGAUUUGAUGAUAUGCGUCGAUGA